UACAGAGUGAAGAGUCUGGUCAACUACGAAUCGGGAUUUAAUCUAAGAUAAUUAUUAUACCUUUAGACGUAUUUAUUUCAUGAAAAAUGGCUAAACCCAAAAAUGAGGACACCUCGGAAGAAGCCAAGAAAAUUGUCGAUGACGCAAAAAAUUUCAUUGAAAAGGCUAUUACUGAUAUUGGAAAAACAUCUGCAACAAAGCAGCUAAUUUUAGGAACUGCGUCAGGGUGGAUAACAGGGUUUAUUUCUAUGAAAAUAGGAAAGCUAGCUGCUGUAGGCCUUGGAGGUGGUGUAAUCCUAUUGCACAUUGCUAGUCAAAAGGGCUAUGUUGACAUUAACUGGGAUAAAAUAAACAAGAAAGUUGACAAAAUUACAGACAAAAUUGAAAAAGAGGCUACAGGAAAAUCACCAGAUUGGUUUGAAAAAGUUGAACGAUUUGUUGAUCGAAAGAUGGAUAAAGCUGAAGAACUAUUAAAAAAAAGGGAGAAAAAGGCUAAACACUGGUACAAUAAUUUUGUUGGUGAUGAUCAAUACCGUGCCACUGAGUCCCACGUCUUCUUAGCUUCAUUUGCAGCUGGUAUGGCCAUAGGCCUACUUUGUGGUCAAUAAAAAUUUAUUUAUUCAUAAAAAUCUUAGAAUUAUAGGCUAUUAAUAUUCAUAAGACCCUUCUCAUUAUUGUAAUAAAUAUUGUUUGUUUAUAUGUAA